AUGAUUCCUGUAUUACGUUCGAUCGAUACUCUUCUUAAUCGUUUUGAUGAAUUAUCAAAAUGUCAUAAAGAUCUUUUAUCUAAUUUUGAUAAAAAUAUUUCUGAUAUUGAAAAUCCAUUACGAGAUAUUGCUCGUCCUCAACAAGAACAACAAAAAACAACUCCAAAAAUUUUAUUAUUAAUCAAUGAAAAUAAUCAACCAAUAGAAUCUAUUAGAACAAUAGAAAAUUUUCAUCAACAUAUUAUUAAAAAUCGAUAUCUUUAUCGACCACCAACAUAUUCUUCAAAUCAUAAUAAUUUAUUAAUUCAUCGUAUUCCAUCAAAAAUAUCUUCAAUAACUACUGAAUCAACUUUACUUUCACAAACAAAAAUUCAAACGAGAACUUCUCAAUCAAUAGCAUCAACAUCAAAUAAAUUUAUCAAUGAAGCAAAAAUUAAACCAAAAAUUAUACAACAAAAUUCAUUUAAUUUACAACGAUAUACACGUAAUAAAGUUACAACAUUUAGUAAAGAAACUAUUAAUCGUCUUUCAAAACCGAAAACAUAUCAUCAAUUAUUAGAUGAAAAAUCAAGAAUAAAACGUAUUGAACGACGAUUGAAACUUUAUGAAAACAUAAAACAAGAAAAAUCUGAAUGUUCUACAUCAUUAUCCAUUUCAUUACCACCUAUUAAACGAAUACAAACAACAAAUAUUAAAGCAAUGUCUAAAAGACUUCCAGCCAAAAACAAUAUUCUAAUACAAAGACAAAAAAGUGCACCUAUUAAUAAUUUAUCUCGUCCAAUAGUUUUUAUUAAACCUGCACCAACGAUAAAUCUUACUUUUCCUAAGAAUUUAAAACAACAAUCACCUCGUUUUGUUAUUUGA